CCCCCGCGCUUCCUGCAUUAAGGUAGUCGCCGCCGCGCCCGGGUCCCCGUCCCCGAGUCGCUCGCACAGGCUGUGCCAUGGCGGCCUUCAGCAAGUACCUGACCGUGCGAAACUCCUCGCUGGCGGGGGCCGCCUUCCUGCUGCUUUGCCUGCUCCACAAACGGCGCCGCGCCCUCGGCCUGCACGGUAAGAAAAGUGGAAAGCCACCGUUACAGAACAAUGAGAAAGAAGGUAAAAAAGAGCGAGCCGUGGUGGACAAGGUGUUUUUUUUAAGGCUCACACGGAUUCUGAAAAUCAUGAUUCCUAGAACAUUUUGUAAAGAGACAGGCUACUUGAUACUCAUUGCUAUUAUGCUGGUGUCUCGAACAUACUGUGACGUUUGGAUGAUUCAAAAUGGGACACUCAUUGAAAGUGGUAUCAUUGGUCGUAGCAGAAAAGAUUUCAAGAAAUACUUAUUCAACUUCAUCGCUGCCAUGCCUCUCAUCUCCCUGGUUAAUAACUUCUUGAAGUUUGGGUUAAAUGAGCUCAAACUGUGCUUCCGAAUAAGACUAACCAAGUACCUCUAUGAGGAAUACCUCCAAGCUUUCACAUACUAUAAAAUGGGAAACCUGGACAACAGAAUCGCUAAUCCAGACCAGCUGCUUACGCAGGAUGUAGAAAAGUUUUGUAACAGUGUAGUUGAUCUGUAUUCAAAUCUUAGUAAGCCAUUUUUAGACAUAGUUUUAUAUAUCUUCAAGUUAACGAGUGCAAUAGGAGCUCAGGGCCCCGCUAGCAUGAUGGCCUACUUGCUUGUCUCUGGGCUUUUCCUAACUCGACUUAGAAGGCCCAUCGGUAAGAUGACGAUAACUGAGCAGAAGUACGAAGGAGAGUAUAGAUACGUUAACUCUCGGCUCAUCACAAAUAGUGAAGAAAUUGCCUUUUACAGUGGAAAUAAAAGAGAGAAGCAGACAAUCCACGCCGUCUUCCGCAAACUGGUGGAGCACCUCCAUAAUUUCAUUUUGUUUCGGUUUUCUAUGGGCUUCAUUGAUAACAUAAUUGCCAAAUAUUUUGCCACCGUAGUUGGUUACCUCGUUGUCAGUGGUCCUUUCCUAGAUUUGUCUCAUCCUCGACAUCUCAAAAGUUCACAUUCAGAACUUCUGGAGGAUUACUACCAAAGCGGAAGAAUGCUUUUGCGAAUGUCUCAAGCUUUGGGUCGAAUAGUUUUGGCUGGCCGUGAGAUGACUAGAUUGGCCGGUUUUACUGCCCGGAUUACGGAAUUAAUGCAAGUAUUAAAGGAUUUAAAUCAUGGCAAAUAUGAGCGCACUAUGGUCUCUCAGCAGGAAAAGGGUGCACAGGGCAUUCCCUUGAUACCUGGUGCUGGAGAAAUCAUCAAUGCAGAUAACAUUAUAAAAUUUGAUCAUGUUCCUUUAGCAACGCCAAAUGGAGAUAUCUUGAUCAGAGACCUUAAUUUUGAAGUUCGAUCUGGGGCCAACGUUCUAAUUUGUGGUCCAAAUGGCUGUGGGAAGAGUUCCCUUUUCCGAGUUCUUGGUGAAUUGUGGCCUCUUUUUGGGGGACGUCUGACUAAACCCGAGAGAGGAAAGUUAUUUUAUGUUCCCCAGAGACCUUACAUGACCCUUGGAACACUUCGAGACCAAGUGAUCUACCCAGAUGGAAGAGAAGAGCAGAAGAAGAAGGGGAUAUCCGACCUCGUCCUGAAGGAGUACUUGGACAAUGUCCAGCUGGGUCAUAUCCUUGAACGUGAAGGCGGCUGGGACAGUGUGCAGGACUGGAUGGACGUGCUCAGUGGCGGAGAGAAGCAGAGAAUGGCGAUGGCAAGACUCUUUUAUCACAAGCCGCAGUUUGCCAUUUUGGAUGAGUGCACCAGCGCGGUGAGUGUGGACGUGGAAGACUACAUUUACAGCCACUGCCGGAAGGUUGGGAUCACCCUCUUCACUGUGUCACACAGGAAGUCUCUUUGGAAGCACCAUGAGUACUAUCUGCAUAUGGAUGGCAGAGGCAAUUAUGAAUUCAAACAGAUAACCGAAGAUACGGUUGAGUUUGGCUCUUAGAAUCCGGAGAUCUGUACUGUACCGGCUUCAAUGAAGUAAUUACACAUUACCAUUAGAAAUACAAAGUACAUUGUAAAAUAAAGUUGAACUUGUUUUUUGUUUUUUUAAACAAAGCAACAAAUUAACUAGAUAAUCGAGAACAAGUUGUUAAAACAUUUCAUAUUAUAUAGGAUAUUGCUAAUUGUGUAUAUGUUGGUUUAAUUAUUAAUAUGUACUAAGAAUGUCCUUAUUCUUGUGGUUAAAAACCUGCCUAAAUUAAAUUGGGCUUAAAUCAGUGUAACCUGAUUCAUCCUGGGAUGUAAACCAUUUGAAGUCAGCUACUUUGACUUGUAUGGCUCUGUCUUUUCCUUCAAUGAAGAACCCUAUUUAAAACUGGGGUCAUCACUUGUCCUGUUUUAACAAGAUCGUCUUGAGUUUCAUUUUCUUGUGCCCCAUGAUAGUGGGAAGCAAAUCACAGUGUAUUAUCCAAAUUUACAUCCUCAUCACAUAAUAGCAUUUAUUACACUCUGGCUGGCAGAUUUCUUCAGCUGCCACACUUACACUCAUUCCUUAUAUAUGUCUUGGGGUGCAUUAGACUCCAGGAAAGCCAUUUGAAUUUUCCUUGGCCUAAGGAUAAAUGCGCCCCUCUCAGUCUUCAGUAUUGAAUUGCUCUGAGGGUUCUUUGUGGGGUGCCACACAAGUAUACGUUCAGUCUUGCUUACAAGGGGUGGUUACUGUGCUUCCUACCUAAUCUUCUCGGUGGUUGGGGUAUUAAAACACAGUCCUUACAUAUUGGGCUCAAGGUCUUACGAGAUUUUUAGAAUUUUCAAAGAGUUGGAUGGAUUUCUGUAUGUGAGAAACCCUUGCAGUGGAAGCGUGGUGGUUACAUGAUGCUAAACUCCGGACGAGCCGUAGGAAUGUGCUGCCUGAAGUCAAGCACUAAGGGUGCACUGUGGUCACUGUCUUUGACCGUGAUUUUUAUAUUCAAAACAGACGUUAUAAAAUUAUGCACAUGGGUGAAUUAUGUUCCCUAAGGCAGUGGUUUAUCUCUGUGACUGUUUAAUAACUUUUUAUUAUUUGGGUUAUGAUGUUGAACUGUAUCCUAAGAGAAAUCAAUUUCCUCUCACCACCAUGAAUGACUGUGUGUAUUAUUUGCACAGGGGGAGCUGAAAUUGAGUAUUAUCAGUGAGCUAGGUAUGAAAUCAGUUUUACCAAACUGGGAUUCAGAAAGGGGCUUUUUAUAUUCUCAUUUCUGCAUAGUUUCGUUUUUUUGCAGAAUUAACUAUAAGAAUCACUGACUACCGAAGUAGAACUUGAUGUACUGAUUCCAUAACACAUAACAUUGAGUUUUUACCACUUCUCUUUAGCAGACUUGUAUACUCACUUAUUUUCUGUUCAGAAUAAAAAAGAAUCAGAUACCCUGUA